CCUCUCUCUCUCUCUCUCUACUCUCUCUCUCUCCUCCUCCGUUCUUAUCCUCACCACCUUCCUUCCUUGUACCAAAAACCCAGUUUCCUUAUUCAUAUAUAUUAAACUCGCACCCCUUCAAAAAGCCCAUCGAAAAUCUCUUUCAUUUAAACCUUCAUGCUUCCAUAUCUCCUCCCCCCCAUGAGAAAAUACAUUCUCAUUAUUAUAUGUAAUACCCACCGGUGAAUCCCAUUCACCCCACCCAAUUUCCCAUUUCCCCUGUUUCUCUCUCCAAUUCCCCUGUUCUUUGUUGUCUUGCUAGAUUUCUCUGGUUUUCUUUUUAGGUUUCUUUGUUUCUCAUUAUGCUGUCUAGAUCUUGUUUCAACCUACUGAACCUCGACGACUACCUCCGGCCCGAUCGUACCCGGAUUCCCAGAGUCAUGACCGUACCUGGCAUAAUAUCCGACUUCGCAAGUAAUGACUUCAACAACGGCGAAAAAACGGAUUCCCAGUCCGACGUCGUCUCAUCGGCGAGCCAAGAACGGAGGAUCAUCGUGUCCAACCAGCUCCCGGUGAAGGCCCACCGCGACGCCGCCGUCGGUUCGCGGUGGUGCUUCGAUUGGGACAAGGACGAGCUCGCCCUCCAGCUCAAGGACGGGUUCCCGAACGAAGUCGAAGUCAUCUACAUCGGCUGCUUGAAGGCCGAUAUCGAUCCGUCCGAGCAAGACGACGUUUCCACCUUGCUGUUCGAAAAGUUCCGGUGCGUCCCGACGUUCUUACCCCCGGAGGUUCAGAACAAUUACUACCACGGGUUCUGUAAGCACUACUUGUGGCCCUUGUUCCACUACAUGCUGCCGUUAACCCCGGGUCACCGGUUCGACCGGGUUUUAUGGCAGGCCUACGUAUCCGCGAAUAAAAUAUUCGCAGAUACGAUCAUGGAAGUAAUAAACCCAGACGAGGAUUAUGUCUGGAUACACGAUUAUCACUUAAUGGUGCUCCCCACUUUCUUAAGAAAAAGGUUUAACAGGAUUAAGCUAGGGUUUUUCCUUCACAGCCCGUUCCCGUCGUCUGAAAUAUAUCGAACAUUGCCCGUUCGCGACGAGAUUCUUCGAGGUUUCCUGAAUUGUGAUCUAAUUGGGUUCCACACGUUUGAUUACGCUAGGCAUUUCUUGUCCUGUUGUAGUAGAAUGCUGGGUUUGGAUUACCAAUCGAAAAGGGGGUAUAUUGGGUUGGAAUACUAUGGUAGGACGGUUAGUAUCAAGAUUUUACCUGUUGGGAUUCAUAUGGGUUUGCUUGAAUCCGUUAUGUCGGUUUCCAGCACUGCUAAGAAGGUUGAGGAGUUGAGGGAGAAGUUUGAGGGGAAAAUUGUGAUGUUGGGUGUGGAUGAUAUGGAUAUGUUUAAAGGUAUCAGCUUGAAGUUUUUGGCAAUGGGGAAUUUGUUGGAGGAUCAUGUUGAGUUGAGGGGGAAGGUGGUUUUGGUCCAGAUAAUGAACCCGGCUCGGAGCCGGGGCAAGGAUAUCCAGGAGGUUCAGGAUGAGAUCGAUAGCGUUGCGAACGAGGUUAAUUUGAAGUAUGGUGGACCAGGUUAUGAACCGAUUGUGUUUGUUCACGGGCCAGUUUCGACCAAAGAUAAGGUUGCGUACUAUGCUAUUUCGGAGUGUGUUGUGGUGAAUGCUGUGAGGGAUGGGAUGAAUUUGGUGCCUUAUACGUAUACAGUUUGUAGACAAGGGAGCCCUGAUUUAGACAAGGCCUUGGGGAUUGAAGGAUCUGAUGUGCCAAGGAAGAGUGUGAUCAUUGUGUCCGAAUUCAUCGGGUGCUCACCAUCUCUCAGUGGGGCGAUCCGGGUCAAUCCGUGGAACAUCGAUGCUGUCUCCUGCGCGAUGAAUUCAGCAAUCACAAUGCCAGAAUCGGAGAAACAAUUGCGCCAUGAAAAGCACUAUAAGUAUAUCAGUUCUCAUGAUGUGGCUUAUUGGGCUAAGAGUUUUGAUCAGGACCUGGAAAGGGCUUGUAGGGAGCAUUACCGGAAGAGGUGUUGGGGGAUCGGGUUUGGUUUGGGGUUCAGGGUUGUGGCUCUGGGUCCUAAUUUCAGAAAGCUUGCGGUGGAACACAUUGUCUCUGCGUACAAUAAGACGAAGAGCAGCCGGCUAAUUUUGUUGGACUACGAUGGUACUAUGAUGCCUCAGGGCUCCGUGGACAAGUCGCCAAGCGAGGAGGUUAUUAAGGUCUUGAAUGGGCUUUGCAACGAUCCGCAGAAUGUUGUUUUCAUUGUGAGUGGCAGAGGAAAGGAUAGUCUCAGCAAGUGGUUUUCUCCCUGUGAGAAACUUGGUCUUUCUGCCGAACAUGGGUUCUUCACACGGUGGAGGAGGGAUUCGGCAUGGGAGUCCUGCAUGUUGGCAAUGGAUUUCGACUGGAAGAAGAUUGCGCUACCGGUGAUGGAGCACUAUACGGAGGCUACAGAUGGGUCAUUUAUAGAGCAGAAGGAAAGCGCUCUCGUUUGGCACCAUCAAGAAGCCGACCCAGACUUUGGAAUGUGGCAGGCUAAAGAGCUUCUCGAUCACCUCGAGAGCGUUCUUGCUAAUGACCCUGUCGUUGUUAAAAGAGGCCAGCACAUUGUUGAAGUCAAACCACAGGGUGUAAGCAAAGGAGUAGUGGUGGAAAGUCUCAUAGAAACCAUGCGGGCAAGAGGAAAGUUGCCGGAUUUCGUUUUAUGCGUAGGCGAUGACCGAUCGGACGAGGACAUGUUUGAGACGAUUGCGAGAUCUGUUUCCAACCCCUCGUUGCCCGCCACAGCAGAAGUUUUCGCGUGCACUGUCGGUCAGAAACCGAGCAUGGCAAAAUACUAUCUCGAGGACACUUCCGAAGUAAUCAAGAUGCUUCAAGGUCUAGCAACGCGCAGCAUCUGGACAGCUUAAUAAUAAGUCUGCUCUAUCUCAGGUCUCCUUUGAAAGUUCCAUCUGAGAAUUGCUCAUAAGGGGUAGGUACAGCUUAGGUAUCUGUUGAAUGGGCACAGGAAGUAGUAGCCUAGAGAUAACCUUUGUACAGAAAAAUACUAGUUUCUACAUUUUACAGAUCAAAUCUGAAAAUCAAAAGUUGAAAAUUUACAGGAUUAGUUGAUCCAAGUUUCUUCCA